AUGGAACAGUACAGCCAGAGCGCUUUGUCCCUACUCAUGCCCUUUCGAUCCCAAUCUGAUUUUGUUCCUAUCGGACUGUGCACACAACUUCACACGGCACAAAGUGUCAACGAUGACCUGCAAUCUGUAACGGAAGCAUAUUGUCCACCAGACUGUGUCCGAGUGCAAGAGCCAGAUGAUGAUUCAGAUGAAGAAGAAGGAUCCGACGACAUUCCUUUUCCUAGUUUCUUCAAUCAGCUCGACGAAGAUGUGACAGAUGAAGAGUUCAUGUUCCUUGAAGCCACGAUGCAGGGGUACUCGUUUGAUAGCAUCAUGCUUAAACGGAAGAAGCAAACGGAAGAUGCUGACACGGUGAAGCUACCAAUUCCUACCAAUGAUUGCGAAGACCCAUUGGGAGCGGAAGGAGACUUUGUUGAGUAUACUGUUCACAUACAAAGUCAUACCGUCGCGGACGCAACCGGUGCCGGAAUAGGCCAUGGUCAAAAGCCAUUUCACAUUCGUGAUAUUGUGGAGGUUCUGUUGACUAAGACUACCGCACGAGCAAGGGAAGCAAUUUUUGAAUACAACAAAGGAGCGAAGGUGCAUGAAGCAAACGGAUCUAUCGCUAGUAUCUUGGAAUGGGCGAGUGCAGGAAAACUUGACCCGCUACAACGGCGUGCGUUCGAGGCCAUUAUAUCGGCCUUUCUGUUGACAUUCUACGAUGAGGUGGUAGACGAGGAGAACGAUGGCUUAAUUGAAGUCACUGUGAUCGAGAAGUAUCGCAAUACGAAGAAAAACCUGAAACGAUUGAAAGGAGGUGAAGGAACCCAGCUCAUAUGUCUUGUCCACGGUCCUGGAGGCAGUGGCAAAACUACCGUGAUCAACCUUACCACAGCCUACGCACGCGAAUUCUGUAAACUGAUUGGCUCUGAAUUCACUUCACGAACGAUAGUUAUUACAGCCUUAUCAGGCGUAGCCGCUACGUUACUUCACGGUGAGACAACACACAGCGCUAUUGGGAUAAACCGGAGAACAGUCGAGGAUGUUGACUUCUUACAAGGAUGGGACGGAACAAGAUCGGUGAUCAUUGACGAAGUUUCAUUUGCGUGCGAAGGCCAUAUCAACAAGAUUUACAAGAACCUUCAAGACAUCAAGGGAAACACAUUCAAGUCUUUCGGAGGACUUAACAUGGUCUUCGCGGGAGACUUCUCACAGUUAACGCCACCCAAACGAGAUCCCCUUUACAAACGAGAAUGCGCUGCUUUUCAAGUUGCAUGCCACUAUAAUUGGGAGCGAGACAUGGUCAACACUACAGUUUUCGAGCAAUUCUGUGUCGCAAAUGCUCCUGCGGAUGCAGACGAUGUUUACAUGGGGGCAAUUAUGAUUUUGAUGGACAGCAUUGAAAUGUACAAUGAUCACAAGCAGUACGUUCCAGUAACAAGCAACCGCAUCAAGAAACACUUCUGGACAACAUGUGGCGAAUCGGAUUGUGACAUGGACAACAGACGUGUUGAUCCGGCAUUGAAGAUGUACUACAACUGCCCUCUGAUGCUGACAAAGAAUGAAGACGUACCGAAUGGACAGGCAAACGGUUCGAGAGUGUUCCUAUGCAAGGUACAUAUAAAGCCCAGAGAACAGCCUUUCAUCAUUAAACUCCAUUGCGGUGUCAGAAUCCGUGUCUUCCGUGUCACCCAAAUUGACAGAAUCACAGUAAAACACGAGAUGAAAGACAUGUUGCCAAGAUGUUUCGAUGUCAAGACACACGGAGUGUCCUUCAAGUGCAAGAUGAAAAUCGAAAAGGAAAAGAUUGAGGUUCGCAUGAAAGGAAUCCAGUUUCCUCUUGUUAGCAAUUCAGCGACGACAGGACACAAGUUGCAGGGAUACACAGCAUCGCAACUGUUGGUGUGGAACUGGCACUAUGCAGAUAAUUGGGUUUACGUGGUACUUUCAAGAGUAAGAGAAAUGAAAGGCCUCUUCUUGCGAAAACCACUGUCGCUCGAUUUAACAAAGUACCAGAUGCCAGACGAAAUGGUGCAUAUGCUGGAAACUUUCAGUCGCUACAUUCCCUUCGAUUCUGUUUCCGCCGACAAUUACGAUGAAAUGUUACAGUCCGAAGCAGCAUUCAAUUAA